AUGAAACCGCAACAACUUGAAUUCGAUAUACUCGGCUUCGUAUUCGAACAUAUAAAAGAAGAACGUCGUAUUAUUGAAUCUCCUAAUAUUGAACCAGUUAAGACGACUUCAUCAUGUAAUUAUCUUGGGUCGUUCAAAGUCCAUACCAUUAUUUGUGGUGAAGUGACAACAUUAACUCUCACCUUCAACAACAAUGAUUUAUUAUUACUUGAAAAGAAUAUUUCUUCGAAUUCAUCUAAUCCACAAACAACAAAAGCAAUAUUCAAGCUUUUAAAUAAACUUAUUCACCUUGAACGUUGUGUGGCUUUCAUUCUAAAAUAUUACAAAAAUAUAACAUUUGAACAGAUAAUAGCUGUUUCAUUUGGUUGGCUUGUCGAUGCCCAACGUCAUCGAGCACCUCAACACCUCUAUGACAUGGUUUUUACGCCUUCUUUCUCGUCAAAAGUUCCUCUAUUAUAUAAACUAUAUUUACCUGAUCGUGAUGAUAAAAUAAAACAUAUUUAUUUCAUAUGUACAUUUAAUGAUCCAUGGAUAUGUGAAAGCAAUCUAAGCCUUCAAUCUGAAGCAUUUAAAAGAGUUAAAGCUGAUGCAAAUCAAUCAAUGGAAUCAGUAUCAAAAGAAGAAAUAGUUCUAAUUGAUUGA